CAUAUUUGAGUGAACUCUUAUUUCAUAUAAAAACUGUAAUUAAUUUAAUUCAAUACCUACACCAUUUAUUUAUUUACUGAUAAAUCACUUUAUAGUAUUUUUUACAUAAAAAAUUAAACUAAUCAUGGAACGAAAAACGCAGAGGGUUGGAAUCGGUUUGGGUGCGUUUCACAACCCUCCAAGGGCAAAAUAUAGCGAAGAGACGAGAAACUUGAUAAAAGAAUUAAUGGAAGAGUCGAAGCUUAGUAUGAUGCAGAGAAAAUCAAUUCAAAACGUUGUGGAUCGUGGGGAGCCCUUGCCCCUUCAUAAGCCUAGUGUAAAUAAGAAAAAAGCGAACGAACCUGAAGUCAUGUAUCCCAGUAUUUGGAAAAAACGUUCACAAGAUAUGAUGAUUGCCAGUGGUGCUUAUGAAAGGGAGCAAUAUAGAAGAACCUGUCCUUUAGUUGAUAUGGAGAAACAAAAACGUCAUCUAGCAUAUAUGAUGGCUUUUGGAAAAGAUAUGCCACCCACUCCAACAGGACCUAAAAUUCUUCACCAGGGUAGAAAUCGACCCCGUACACCAGAUGAGAAAGAAGUUUUUCAGGAACUGGUGGAAGGUAUUCGGGAAAGAAUUGAAUUUUUGAACGACAUGGAAGCCUUGGGACGAGGAAAGAAAUAUCGUCCAAUAAUACAACAAGAGAUUGCCCAGAAACUUCGUUUAAUCGAGAAUCGACCUACAGGUCUUGAAAAGGAGUUGGCAAAAUUAAAAAAUGAAAGACCAACACCUAAACCUUAUCCUUUGGGAGAUCUAGCUAUAUGAUAAUGAUACGUAUAUUUAUUUAUUUGUUUUAUAAUCGUUCUCUUCUUGUGUUAGAUUUACUAC